AUGCCGACCAAGGUCUCUUACGUGUCCGCAGACAGCGAGACGCAACGACUCUUCACCCACCCAGAGGUACAACAACAACAGCUUCACGACACCUUCACCACCACCUGCUUCAACAUGCCCGAGUUCCAGAUUGGCGUCCAGCCUCCCAAGAAGGCCCAGGCCGGCGCCUACCUGUACCCGCCCGUCAUCGCAAAGCACUCGGUCCGACGACCGGAGGGUGACGUCGACUACUUCGCCACAGCGGUGCUUCUCGAUCGGCGCGGCGCCGUGGUCGACGGCUACCUGGAGGGCACCAAGGCGGCGAGCCGGUACGAGGUGGCCAGCUCCAAAAGCUCUACGGCGUCGUUUGUGUUCCCCUUUGCGGACCUGUCAAUAGCGCAUGCCGGCACGUUCACGAUCCGCAUCGACGUGUACCAGUUCGUGCCGGGCGACUACGCCGGCGCGGCUCUGGUAGCGCAGCUGGGCACGCGGGCCAUCUCCGUCGUGGCCGGCGAAGCAGCAACGGAAAGUCCAUCGUCAGAUGAGCGGUCGCUGAUGCGCAAGGCCCGUGACGCGGGACUGCCGCUGCCCGCAUGA